AUGGUCCUGGAGGCCGUCAACUCACGUGGCCCACCAAUGGUCCAGAACCAUGGUCCAGAGUGGUCGAGAGGGCCGUCAACCCACGCGGCCCGCCAGUUUGUGUGGUUCCAGAAUCGUCGGGCCAAGUGCAGGAAACACGAGAGCCAGAUGCACAAAGCUGGUAUGUUACUGUCACCCACGUCAGGGGGCGCCUCACCCCUGAGCGUCAUGUCGUCAGCUAGCGUGGGUCUGGGCGGUACUGGGAGCGUGGGCGUACCCUUGGAGGCCUGCAGGGUGGCGCCUUAUGUGUCACCCUUACGUCUACACCCACCACCCUACGACAGACUCCCCAGCCUACCCGCCCUCUCUCUAGACCCAGCCAUACUCUCCGCCGCCCACCAGUACGCCGCAGCAGCUGUGUCUCUGGGGUCUCCACCGCUACUGUAUUACCCACACCCGACCUACCCACUGGCCCUCUCAGCUCUGGCCGCCGCUGAGAGAGUCUCCUCCAAGAACUCCUCCAUAGCUGAGCUGAGACUGAAGGCCCGAAAGCACGCUGAGGCUCUUGGGCUGACCAUGCCGCAGACCUAACUCUCAGGGCCGCGGACUGAGCCUCCUGAGAGCAAUAGACCCUGAGACUCAACAUAAACAUCUCAUUGAAGACUUCGUGACUGAUUUCUGGCUGACUGAAGAUUUGGUUAUCUCUGAGGACUCCUGCUGACCCAGAGUCCCAAGACCAGAGAGUCCAAUUGGUAUAGCUUCUUGGGACCUAACUCACACGACUACAGACCCAAUAUUGGAGCCUACACGACGCCUCUAAGUUCUCUACACGACGCCUCUUAAGUUGUCUACACGACGCCUCUUAAGUUCUCUACACGACGCCUCUUAAGUUGUCUACACGACGCCUCUAAGUUGUCUACACGACGCCUCUUAAGUUCUCUACACGACGCCUCUUAAGUUGUCUACA